UAUGAAGGAUCUCAUUUUACAGAAAACUACACCUGAAAAAUCCACAAAAAAUGUCUUAUUUGUAAACCAUAAGCAUUCCAAUUUGAAGAUCAAUGAGGAGUCAUAUGUUUUUGUCGGGAAUUCUAUGCUUUUUCUUUGUGAAUUUGAUUCAGAGGUUAAUAUAGAACAUGUUCAAGCAAAUAAAAUUCAGAGAGAGUUUUUGAAUAAAAAUUUGGGCUCUGAAAUUUCUCUUCUUCCAUUCGAUUCAAAAUAUAUCGAGGAAAUAAAAAUUGCUAAAUUCAAAGUUGAAGUUCAGGCACUUGUUAAUUUAGAGAUUGAUGCAGUAGAAUUUACGGAAUACUUAAAGAGGGAAAUCCAUAAAAUCCCCUUAAAUUUCAACCAGAAGCUAAUUAUUCCAUAUUCCGGAACCAAACUUAUUCUUACGGUGGAGGAUAUUCUGUUUGAUGAGCCAAAUGCAUUUGGUGUUAUUUCUGAAAAUACGGAAAUAUUUAUUAGCUCUACAUCAUCAAGAAUUAGUAUAAAAAACAGUAAUCUUCAAAGUAAUCUCCUCAAGCCAAACUUCAGUUUUGAAAAGUUAGAAAUAGGUGGCCUGAAAAAGGAAUUUGAACAAAUGUUUAGAAGAGCUUUCGUUCAACGUCUAUUCGAUCCAGAUACAAUUAAAAAAAUGGGUAUACCGCAUGUAAAGGGCAUUAUGCUAUAUGGACCACCAGGUACCGGUAAGACAUUGAUUGCUAGAAAAUUAGGCUCUCUUCUAAAUGCCUUGCCCCCUAAAAUCGUUAAUGGGCCAGAGAUUCUAAACAAGUAUGUGGGACAGAGUGAAGAGAACAUUAGAAAGUUAUUCCAUGAAGCAGAGGAAGAUUAUAAGUCCAAGAAAGAAAAUAGCCCAUUACACAUAAUUAUUUUUGAUGAAAUUGAUGCAAUAUGUAAAAAGAGGGGGUCUGAUUCCACUGGAGUGGGUGAUCAAGUAGUAAAUCAACUCCUCAGUAAAAUCGAUGGUGUUGAAAGCUUAAAUAACAUUUUGGUUAUUGGUAUGACCAAUAGAUUAGAUCUGAUCGAUGAGGCCUUACUCAGACCUGGUAGAUUUGAAAUUCAUCUGGAAAUUUCCCUGCCAGAUGAAUCAAGUAGGCUAGAAAUAUUCCAAAUCCAUACCAAACAAAUGAUUGGAAAUCGAUUUAUGAACGAUGAUGUUGAUCUGAAGCAGCUUUCUUCUUUUACUAAAAACUACACUGGUGCAGAAAUUUCAGCGGUUGUAAGGGGAGCAGGUUCGUUCGCUCUUGAAAGGAAGGUUAGGAGUGAAGGGGAUAAAACAGUUGUGGAGAACGAUAAGAUCAAUAUUACAAUGGCUGAUAUGAUGGAGGCAUUGAAUGAGACGAAACCCGCAUUCGGUGUAUUUUAUGAAACAGACCAGUUUAUAGCUGCAAUAAAUCUGGGAAAUGGACUUUUGACUAAAUUGAAGAAUACCAACCUAUACAAUACCAGCUCUCUACUCUUGUAUGGAGCUACUGGAACAGGAAAGACUACACUUGCAGUUCGAAUCGCCAUUAAUAGCCAGUUUCCGUUUAUUAAGAUUAUAAGCCCUAAGGAUUUGGUUGGAAUGAAUGAAUAUGAAAAGGUUAAUUUCAUAAAGGGGAGAUUUUCCGAUGCAUAUAAAUCUGAGGAAUCAAUUAUUAUAUUAGACGAAAUUGAGUCACUGAUAGAGUAUGUCAAUAUUGGUCCGCGAUUCAGCAAUAUUGUAUUGCAGGCCCUGAAAAUAUUUAUUAAACAUGAGGGGAAAAAGAAGCUUUUUGUUUUUGGGACAACCUCAAUUCCUGACGUAAUGAAAGAAUGUGGGAUUUUAGACUGUUUCACAGAAACUACACAGAUAUAUCCCUGUGACAAGCUAGACUAUGAAAGAUUAUCUCUACAGAACUCUGACUUCAAUGAAAUUGAUUUUACACCAGGGUUGACAAUGAAGAGACUAUUGUCGAUGCUGCCUGAAGCUGAUAACUCAACCAAAAUUGGAAAAAACAUCUACAAAAUUCUUGUGAAAUCUGGAGUUGAAGUUCCUGUUAUUAAUGAUCCCUUUAUUGACCUGGAAUAUCUAAAGUAUCUAUUGAAGCAUGAUUCUGUUUUCUAUAGUGAAAGCCAAUCGAUAGAAAUAGAAGGAGAUUCUGUGAUUUACCAAGGGUUUAAAACAGUUUUAAGUCGAGAAAGAAGUCCAAAAGACAUUCCCUGGGAGAAAUAUGGCAUAGACUAUGUUAUCGAAUCGAGUGGUGUAUUUUUAGAUACAGAAAGUUGUGGAGAACACAAAUGUAAAAAGGUCUUUCUAACCGCUCCCUCCACAGAUAUUAAGAUUACAGGUGCUGCUAAGGCAGUAAGCCAUGUAAUUCCGGAGUUAAAAGGCAAAAUUGAUGGAAUGGCUUUUAGAGUUCCUGUGCAAAAUGCUUCAGUUGUCGACUUAGUGGUAAGGGUUGAAAAGGAGACUAGUUUACAACAGAUUGCCGAAGACAUUAGAAAACAAUCUGGAGUUAUUGAGUUGACUACUGAAGAGAUUGUUAGCUCUGACAUUAUAGGAAAUUCGAGAAGUUCUAUCUUUGAUUUGAAUGCAUCCAUUCAACUUAAUCCAAAGUUUUUUAAGUUGAUCUGCUGGUAUGAUAAUGAGCAUGGAUAUUCCUGCAGAGUUGUAGAUUUGGUGAAAUACAUUGACACCCAAAAUAACAGUGAA